CACAGGAAGAUCACACCAUCCCUCACCAUCAUCAGGGUGAAGAUCUGAUUAAUAUGAAAGUUGAAGUUAAAGAGGAAGAACAGGAGACGUAUGUGAGGGGAGCUGAGCAGUCUAUGGAGGAGGUUGGGAUGACAAUGAGAAGCGAACAGGAUGAACCUUCUCUAGGUAUCAGCACAGAUUUUUUAGCAGAUGGACUCCAAGUCAGGAAAACUCUGGAGGAACAUCCAAUAUUUGCUGGUUGUAAAUCAGAAGAUAAUGGCUUAAGUCAAACUUCAAUGUCUGUAAAUUCAGUUACUCAAAAUAUACACGUCAGACCUUAUUAUUUGGAGAAAUCAAUAGAAGCAUCUAAUCCCGAAAUAUCUUCUGAUCAAUCACCUAAUAUGACUUCAGAUAUCCAUUGGAGAUCUCACAGUGCGUAUACAUCAACAGAUCCAUCUAAUCCCAAAGAAUCUGCUUUGACCCCAAAAGAUGAGAGUUCGUUGUCUUGUUUGGGGUGCGGGAAAUCUUUCACGAGGAGGUCUGAACUUUUCACCCAUCUCAGAUCUCACACCAGUGUGAUCUUUACAUGUUCAGAGUGCGGGGUGACUGUCUCUAAAAAGGGCGAACUUGAUGCACACAGGAGAACUCACAGGAAAAAGAAUUCUUAUUCGUGUUCAGAGUGUGGGAAAUGUUUCACUGAGAAUAGAGCCCUAGUUACCCAUCAGAGAAGUCACACGGGUGAACGCCCCUUUUCAUGCCCAGAGUGCGGGAGAGGUUUCACUCAGAAAGGAAGCCUUCUCACGCACCAGAGAAGCCACACGGGCGAAUGCCCUUAUUCAUGUUCAGACUGCGGGAAAUCUUUCACUGUCAAAGGCAAACUGCUCGCACACCAGAGAAGUCACACGGGGGAGCGUCCUUUUUCCUGUGCGGAGUGCGGGAAAUGUUUCACUCAGAAAGGAAGCCUUCUUUAUCACCAGAGGAUUCACACCGGCGAGCGUCCUUAUUCGUGCUCAGAGUGCGGGAAAUGUUUUAUACAUAAAGGAAAUUUAAUUAGACAUCAGAGCACUCAUUGAUCCUGUUGACUAUUGUGUGGGGACGUCUAACAGGAGGUUUUGGUCAGUCCAAAGAACUAUAUGAUUAUUUAAAGGGGGUUAUCCCUGCAAAAGUCAUUCCCUGGCAGCUUACCAGUCCUAAGAUGUGGCGGCUGCAUUUGGUUUUUUUUUUGUCUUUGUUUUACUUUAUUUUCCCCUGCCAGUAAAAUAUUUCCUGCCUUAGGCUGAGAACGCUCACCUAUUGUACUGUAUCUCUGGAGGAUCAACGUCAUACCCUAGGCAUGGUUUUGAUUUGGACUACAGAAUGUGGGUAGAGGUUGUGUAGUUCACCAAUAUAGCUGGGCAGGGAUGAUAACAUUGUAGCAGAGGCAAGGAGCACAGGAAGUUCUCUAGAUCUCUGAAAGGAUCGACAAAUAUUUCUUUGCCACUUAUCAAAGAGAUAUAACGAAACCCUUUUAACCACUUACAGACUGGGAGAUUUACCCCCUUAAAUGAACAGGCACUGCGGCGCGAUCGUGCGACGCUGUA